UUCGGAAGGCGCAGUGAUGUUUGCCCAAAAAUAGAAUGGAAGCCCCCUAAAAUACACACCCGGGUAGUCGCCGCGCUCUCGCGCUAUAUAUGCUUUGCCCCGCCGCAGCCCCUUCUUCUCAGUUAAACAACACCACCGCUAAGUCCUCCGGCGCUUCUCCACACACAGCAACUUACUCAACCACGCACUCCAGUCAAGCGUCUCCACUAACACUAGCUAGCUCUAGAAAUGGACGUCGCCGACAUCGCCUCCCCGUCCGGCCAGCAGAAGCAGCAGGGGCACAGGACGGUGUCGUCGGAGCCGCCGAAGCGGCCCGCGGGGCGGACCAAGUUCCACGAGACGCGCCACCCGCUGUACCGCGGCGUGCGGCGCCGGGGCCGGGUCGGGCAGUGGGUGUGCGAGGUGCGCGUGCCCGGGAUCAAGGGCUCCAGGCUCUGGCUCGGGACCUUCACCAACCCCGAGAUGGCCGCGCGUGCCCACGACGCCGCGGUGCUCGCGCUCUCCGGCCGCGCCGCCUGCCUCAACUUCGCCGACUCCGCGUGGCGGAUGCGGCCAGUGCUCGCGACCACCGGGUCGUUUGGCUUCAGCAGCACGCGGGAGAUCAAGCUUGCCGUCGCCGUAGCCGUCGUCGCGUUCCAGCAGCAGCAGAUUAUUCUUCCAGUAGCGUGUCCAUCGCCGGAGGCGCCCGCCAGCCCGAGCGCCGCUCUGUUUUACAUCUCGUCCGGCGACCUGUUGGAGCUCGACGAGGAGCAGUGGUUUGGCGGCAUGGACGCCGGGUCGUACUACGCGAGCUUGGCGCAGGGGAUGCUCGUGGCGCCGCCGGACGAAAGAGCGAGGCCAGAGAACCGCGAGCACAGCGGCGUCGAGACACCAAUACCACUAUGGAGCUAUUUGUUCGACUGCUAAUUUAGCACGCAGUGUAAAGUUGUUUACAUAGUUGUGUUGUGUUCCUCCGAUUCAAUUGUGCUAAGUUAAACUUUGAGUUUGUGUUAUGCUCAAAAAUGCUACACCUACAAACACUUCUAUCGUAAGCUCACUUAAAACAGUUAUUUCCUUCCCUAAUCCUAACUAAU